AUGCAUCAACGAAGCAUCGAAGCCGGCCUGGACGAUCUGGAUUCCUGCUUUUCCCUCGGUCUGGUACCCGACAUAGUAGACGACGCGUACAUUGAUGCGCUGAAGUCUAGGUUCACCGAAGUUGCUCUCUCUGGCGACCUUGCUGGUCUCCACGAACUCUGCGAGCCUGUCGUCCGCUCUGGUGAGAUCGAAUGGCAGACAAGCCCUGAUUUGUUGCUGCAGCUACUGGACCAAGGCCGACUGGAUAUCUAUCGUUAUGUGCUAGAUCUCGCAUCAAGGACAAGAGACAGGUCUGAAAAUCAGAGUGAGCACUGGCUUUCAGACAUUUCCCAUGAUCCCCUUCACAUGGCCAUUAGACUUGGUCAUUUGGAACAGGUUGAGAGCUUCAUGCAGAAGGGCGCUACCUUUAUGGGCGUCUACCAGAGUGAUGAGGCCGCCGGCGGCAUCGUCCUCACGCCCCUUUCCGCUGCUGCAUUCUGGGGCCAGCCUGAGAUUACCCGUCUAAUAUUACGACACAACGUUUUGGCCGAGGGUGCGCAAGAGGCUGCUGUCAUUGCUCUAUUCAACAAUGAUACAGAAAUCAUGCAGAUACUCCUUUCCUCUGGUGUCACUGAUCCUCCGGUGACAUUGCUGGCUGAGGAAACAGCCAAUUCUCUCGCCGAUCUCAACAUUGCUGACCCACAACCGUUCGAUAUGAUUCAGAUAGGCCUAAACAGGACCGAAUCCGAUGCGUCCACCCAGGAGUGUGUCCAACCCCUCGAUGUUAAUAUGAAAUCUGUAGUUUCCAUAAGCAAGUCGCUUCAACGCCCAGCGAAGAGCCUGCCGAAGGAAUCAAUACAGCCGAAAGGUUCUCGGCGGCGUCGUCACCUCCUGGGGCGGGACCUCGUCACAUGUAUGCACAACCUAUGCUCACAGCUACGCGACAUAUGCAAUUCCUCGGUGCACGAUGAGCUACAAGACCUUGGUAACGAAUAUCUCUACGCUAAUGGUGUGUGGGCUCGUGGCCUUGGUGUUUUCCGCGGCCUGAUGCAGGAUAAUCCACCUUCAGCUCUCGUCGAGGCAGUCGAUUCUCUUCUCGUGGCAAAUGCCAUAUGUCUGUCGCUUUUCAAAAACGAUAGCUCUAUUCUCAUCCAAUUUUACAACGACCUUGAUCGAUGGCGCUCAGUGUUACCCAGUUCAUCUCGUUUACUGUUCGACGAGCUAGCCUUUGGAAUGUGGGCAUUCACCCCGUCGGGCGACACCACGUCCGACCUCGACGUCGUCAACCUACCUCACUUCCAAGAACUGGUGCAAAAUCUGCUGUCACUCGAAAAGCGCAAGGAAUCUGUCCCGUCCCGUAGUUCUGCGUCAGGUAGUAGACUCAGCGCUAUCCAGAGAGAGUUCGAGACACACGAGACUCCCCAGGCCGCCACCCAGGGUCAAGCGAUUCCGGGCCGCUCGCCAACACGGCUAGAUUCUUAUGCAAGCUCAUCCACUCAGCGAGACGACUUUUUGUGGGCGGAUUUCGUCCACAUGGACCGUUUCGAGGAUACGAGAGGCCAGUCAAACACGCCGCCUUCACUGCCCAACAGCUGGGAGGACGCGCUUUCAUCCACGAUGAUGUUGUUGGCCUCGGUGGCAUUUUCCAUCGUUCUAUCCUUCAUGAUUGGUCUCCAUGGCUCCAUGAGCCGCGUGUUUCAGACAGUCGCCGGGACGCUCCCCGGAUACAAUCGUUCCUGUACUCUCUUGGCGGAUUACCUCGCGAUGCACGAUGUAUCGAUCGCAUCAAAGCUAGAUUCACUGCAAUCGGAGCUUUCUUCUCUCGUAUCACCAUUGCGUGGUCAAGGAUCUGACGCGGCCUUGACACCGGUUAGCAGCUUCUCGUCGCUGAGCACAUUAGGGCUACGUCGCAAUGUCUCUUCAUCCAGCGUCAGGUAA